AGCGCACGUUGAACACGUCUCUCGCUAGCCGCUUUUUAUUUUGUGGCCCACAACGAUCCGAGCACCUGUGCGAGUUUUCUAGCCCGAAGAUGAGGAAAUCAGCGGGAGGAUUUCAGGCCCCGACCAGUGAAGAUGGACAGCAUGGCGAUGGCGAUGGCUCCUCCGUGCGUCUACUGAGGAUUCCCAGAGCCGCACCUGCGAUGGAGAACUACGGAUUCCAGCUGACCUGCAGCAAAUGGGAUCCCUAUCCCUGGGUUUGCGAAGUGGCAGCCGGCACACCUGCCGCUCUCUGCGGCCUAAAACCCGGCGAUUGCGUUCUGGAGGUAAAUGGCAACGAUGUUUUGGGCUUGAGAGUGUCUGAAAUCGCCAAAAUGGUCAAGAGUCAAAAGGACUGCGUCACAAUUCUCUGUUGGAACAGUGAGUGUGAUAAGGACUGUGAUACUAAUAGCAUCUGCUGCGCCCCCAUGCCUACCAGUUUGCGCCGCCUGUCCCUCGUCCUGGAGAGCAUCCUGCGCCUCGUCGAGUGUCCUGUCUGCGGGGUGACCAUCUCACCGCCGGCGAUGCAGUGCCAAAACGGACACCUGCUCUGCGUGGACUGUCGCAUCCGCUCGGAGCGAUGUCCUGUCUGCCGGGACUUCUACACUCCCCGCCGGGCGCUAUUGGCGGAGCAGAUUUUCCUGACCAUUGCCAACGCCUUCGAGAUGUGCCGCUCGGAGAACAAGCUGCGGCAGAAGCUCUUUGCCGGGAUAACACGGCCUGUUGUGGGCCGACAGGACAGGAUAACCGGACAGGACACCUGGCGAAAGCGCAGGCCAGUGCUGCCAACGAACAAGUUCCUAACCAAGUUGCUCGAGGGCUGCGCCUACUCGACGGAUAACCUCAGUCCCUCGAAUGCCGCUACGCUGCUGCGGACUAGUACCACGGAUGUCGCUGGCGACUCCAGUGAAAUCCCGGCCAGGACAUCGCCAGUGACAGCCACGCCCCCCGAAAGGACAACAAUGCAUGCCGCGCUUGACGCGAGUGCGGCGCAUCCUUCACUCUCGUCGAAUGAUUUACAGCAGGAAGGAGCUAAGCCGAAUGCCGAGGGCGUUGACGAGGAAUCCGGAACGGACAGCAGCCACAACUCCGCCACAUCCUUGCAUGGCCCUCCGCUACCAUCCUCCGUUGGCCCGGGCAUCAAUGAAUCUUCCGGAUUGCAACCCGUUCGCAUACCUCCUGUCACUCCGAGCCAAGAUUUGCCCCAGCAGGUUGUCCAAACUAAGCCGGCCUCGCUGCUGUACCGCUGUCCCUGCGAGCUGCAGGAUCCACAGGAUCCUGCAAAGGACCUACACCAGAACUGCUGCUACAAAUCCGCUUUCCGUCUGCUUUGAGCUCGGGCAUCUCAAUCAACAGCAUCCUCUUAUCAGGCGCGUCCCCAGUUCCCCCCGCCCCUCUCGCUGUUUUCCUUUCUAAUUAAAUUAAAUGCCAGUUGCUUGGCCAAAGUUGCUUA